GACGAGAGUGAGGGUGUGGAAUGAUUGAAGUCUUAGCAGAGGCAUACUUCCAAAUUAGAAUUCUCACAAGAAAGAAGCUAAAAUUAUUUGUUGGAACUGUUGGAUUUUGUUUCACAAGUGACAGCACUUUGCUCACCAAAUUUCCGUUUCAAUCGCCUUCAAAACUAAAUUUUCCUCCAUUUUCUGUCGAACCCAAAAAGUGAAAUCUCUUUAAAUUUGUAAUUUAAACAAAUUAAAUUAAUAAAUACACACUUUUUUUUAUAGGAUUUUUUUUUUCUUCCAUCAAAGACGGCCCUCAAAAUCUGCCGUCUUAUGAGAUAGAAAUUUUUUAUUAAAAUUAUACAUGGAAACUUGUUAUACUCAUUAAUUUUAAAUAUGUCCAUGUCUACGUAGCUGAUUCUCACAUCCGAUCUUUCCUUUUUUUUUUAAAUAAAUUUUUAUUUCCCCCAAUUCAUGGGAUAAGAAUUGUCUCCAUUCAUAUUCGGGCACCUGCUCUUUUUUUCCCUUCCUUCAGCUCUGGUUCUCUGGAGGAUGGAUCAUGAAAGGGCCCCCAUUUUGAGAUCUAAGGAUCAAAAGAAAACUGAGAUACCGUUAGCAUUGGUGUCCGAAGAAAGUAAUAUCAUUUUAAUUCCAGCAGAGUUGAAAUGCUUCUCUGUUUCUACUUCCAGGCAAGAAAACAUAACUUUGGAAUCAAAGGAACGACAGAAGUCGGCAUCCCAACUUUCCGGGCUUAUCAUUUUCUAUCUUGUGGUUAUGUUAGUAGAGAUUGUCGGUGGAAUGAAAGCCAAUAGCCUUGCGGUUUUGACCGAUGCAGCCCACUUGCUCACAGAUGUUGCCGGAUUCUCCAUAUCUCUUUUCACUGUCUGGGCUUCAGCAUGGAAGGCAACAUCAAAUCAUUCUUUUGGAUUCAGCCGUCUUGAGGUCUUGGGUGCUCUUAUAUCCGUGCAGCUUAUAUGGCUAGUAUCUGCACUCUUAAUUUAUGAAGCGCUCAGCAGACUUCUCCAUGACAAGCAGAAGGUAGAUGGGGCACUCAUGUUUGCAAUUGCUGCAUUUGGAUUUUUUAUCAACUUGAUUAUAGUCCUUUGGCUGGGUCAUGAUCACAGUCACCAUGUUUUUGGGAACGAUCACCACCACCACCACGACGAACUCUUGCAUGACCACCACCACCAUGAACACUUGCAUGACCACCACCACCACCACGAACACCUGCAUGACCAACACCAUGAACAUCAUGACCAUGAGGCUGGUAAACCAUGCGAUUUAACCAAGGAAGAUGAAACUAGUCUAGUAACAAGUACUCUGAAGACAAAGAUAUUGAACAUAAAUCUCCAAGGAGCUUACUUGCAUGUCAUGGCCGACCUAAUUCAAUCUGUCGGGGUGAUGAUUGCGGGAGCUGUUAUUUGGCUAAAACCAAAUUGGCUAAUCGUUGAUCUUCUGUGUACCCUCAUUUUCUCCACCUUUGCACUAAGUACCACCCUCCCCAUGCUUAGAGAUGUUUUCGAUAUAUUGAUGGGAAGGACGCCGAGAGAAAUUAAUAUCGAUAUGGUGGAAGACGGUAUCAAGGGUAUCAAUGGGGUUGAAAGCGUUCACGACCUCCAUGUAUGGGCAAUAACUGUUGGGAAACUUGUAUUGUCCUGCCAUGUAGUCGCAAAGCCAGGGUUCGAGUCUAAAGAGAUGAUUAGCAAGAUCAGGGAUUACUGUGAGAGUACAUAUAAAAUUCAUCACAUAACUGUACAAAUCGAGCAGUUAUAGGAGAUUGUAAAUUUAAAUCAGUGAAUGACUUUGGAAAGAUCUGAUGUUAUGAGAUGAUCCUUCUAGGUUUAUGCUUAUCAACUAGAUUAUUUUCCCCGUUACAAGCUCAAA